AUGAAAGGACAUUUAAUUAAGAAUGGAGAUAAUCCAGAUAUAACUAAAGAAAGAAAAUCUGCAACUUUUUGUAUAAAUAAAAUGGCUGAAUUUAUAUAUGAAGGAAGUGAUAAAGUUAAAAGACGUGAAGAAAUAUUAAAAUAUGUUGAAGAACAUCCAGAAUUAUGUGAUAAAAUUCCUGUAGAAUUUAUGACAAGAGAAGAACGUGUUGAAAGAAAUGCUCAAAAAGCUGUUGCUAUGACUGAUCAUGCAGAUUGUAUAGAUGGUAGUGAUUUUUUUGGUGAAGGUAUGUAUUAUCAAACACUUGUUAUGGGAAGAGAUUUUCAUGGAAUGUUAUUACAUUAUUCAAUGUUUCUUCAAUGUAUUCAAAGUCAAUGUACAGAGGAACAAUUAGAUAAAUGGUUACCAUUAACUAUACUUCGUGGAAUUAUUGGUACUUAUGCACAAACAGAACUUGGUCAUGGUACUAAUUUAAAAAAACUUGAAACCACUGCUACAUAUGAUGCAAAGACAGAAGAAUUUAUUUUAAAUUCUCCAACUAUUACUGCUGCUAAAUGGUGGCCUGGUGGUUUAGGUAAAACAUGUAAUUAUGCUAUUAUUAUGGCACAAUUAUAUACUAAUGGCCAAAAUAAAGGCCCACAUCCUUUUAUUGUUCAAUUACGUGAUUUAGAUAAUCAUAUGCCAUUACCAAAUAUAACUAUAGGAGAUAUAGGACCUAAACUUGGCGUUAAUGGUGCUGAUAAUGGUUUUCUUUUAUUUAAAAAUUGUCGAAUUCCAAGAGAAAAUAUGUUAAUGAGGUAUGCUAAAAUUCUUCCUAAUGGAGAAUAUAUAGCACCAAAACAUUCUAAACUUGGAUAUGGAGCUAUGGUUUUUACAAGAUCUAUAAUGAUUAGAGACCAAGCAUUAAUGUUAUCUGCUGCAACUGUCAUUGCAACAAGAUAUUCAGCUGUUAGAAGACAAGGUGAAAUAAUUGAAAAUAAAGGAGAGAUUCAGAUUAUAGAUUAUCAAACACAACAAUAUAGAAUUUUCCCACAAAUAGCACGUGCUUUUGCUUUCCUUUUAGCAGCUUCAGAGAUUAGAGAUAUGUAUUUAAAUUAUAUGGAAAAAUCUCAGAUGACAUCAGAUAUUAGUCUUUUAGGGGAUCUUCAUGCAUUAUCAUGUGGAUUAAAAGCAAUAGUAACGUUUGAAACAGCUCAAGGUAUAGAACAAUGUCGAUUUGCAUGUGGUGGACAUGGUUAUUCUGAAGCAUCUGGUCUUCCACAAUUAUAUACAUUUGCUGUUGGUGGUUGUACUUAUGAAGGUGAAAAUAUUGUUAUGUUAUUACAAGUUGCUAAGAUAUUAAUGAAAUUAGUUAAAAACAUUAAUGAUGGAACUGAUAAUUUAGCUUCAAUAACUAAAUAUAUUAAAAAAAAAUCAGAUUUAAAAUCUAACUUUAAAGAUUAUAGAACAACAUCUGGUGAAGAAAUAAUAAAAGAUUUUGAAAAUAUUGCAAGAAACCAAAUUUUGACAUGUUAUGAAAAUUUUACUAAUAAUCUUAAACAAUCUACUUAUGAAGAGGCAGUAAAUAAAACAGGAAUUGAAAUGUGUAAAGCAACUAGAUUACAUGUUAAAUUAUAUUUAGUUAAAAAUUUCUACAAAAAAGUUACAUUAAUUGAAGAUUAUGAAAUUAGAAAUGUAGUAAUGAAUUUAUGGAAACUUUAUGCUUUUGACAUGUUAUCCCAUUUAACUGGUGCAUUGAAGUGUAAUAAUUAUAUGAAUGAUAUACAAAUUAAAAAUAUUAAGGAAGGAAUAUAUUAUUAUUUAAAUGAAAUAAGACCAAAUGCGGUAGCUAUAGUAGAUUCAUUUAAUAUGUCUGAUCGUGAAUUACAUUCAGUACUUGGAAGAAGAGAUGGUAAUGUUUAUGAAAAUCUUUUAAAAUGGGCAAAAGAAUCACAAUUAAAUAAAAAGGAAGUUUUACCAACAUUUAAAAAAUAUUUUGAAGGAAUGAUGAAAGACGGUAGAAGUAAAAUAUAA